AUCUCUUUUUUCCCCCCUUUAAAUUCAUUGAACAUUGAAUUCAUUGUCUCUGUGUCACAGUCAUAAGUCAGCACAUCAAUGCAUUUUCCUAUCCUUUCGUUCAUGAUCCCUUAUGUUUGAUCUGUCCAUCUCUAAUUUUUCAAACCAUUUUCCAACCCCAUUUUCCAAACAAGAAAAAAAAGGGAAUAAAUCCUACCACUGCAUAGCCAGAAGCUGAAGGCUACUUGGUGGACAGGACACUAAGAGGGCCAAACAAUGGAAUGCUCUCUCCUGCCUACACUGCUCAGCACUCCACAGACUGAGGUUAAACGUCUUAGUUAGCAGUGUGCCUCUCCCCCAAGAACUCUUUUAGCCUGGGGAAGUUGGGAGAAAAAAAAAAACGUGCAAAGGAGAAUUUCUUUCAUAGUACAGAACCUUACUUCAAUUAUUUGUAGUUGUUUGUUUGGGAUUCGUUUGGAAGCUUUGCACGAAGAAACGGCAAGAUGGAUUUGGAACCGUACCUAUGGAUGGUCGUGAUCGGCUUCAUUAUAGCUUUCAUCCUGGCAUUUUCGGUGGGGGCCAAUGAUGUGGCAAACUCGUUUGGCACAGCAGUCGGGUCAGGAGUGGUGACACUGCGCCAGGCCUGUAUCUUAGCGUCCAUAUUUGAGACCCUGGGCUCCAUGCUUCUUGGUGCAAAGGUCGGGGAAACCAUACGGAAGGGAAUUAUAGAUGUCAGUUUGUACAAUGACACUGUGCCGGUGCUGAUGGCAGGAGAGGUCAGCGCCAUGGUCGGGUCUGCGGUUUGGCAGCUCAUUGCCUCUUUUCUGAGGUUGCCCAUUUCUGGAACUCAUUGCAUUGUGGGAUCUACGAUUGGCUUUUCCAUGGUUGCUAUUGGCACUAAGGGAGUGCAGUGGAUGCAGUUGGUCAAAAUUGUUGCCUCAUGGUUCAUCUCCCCUCUGCUGUCUGGUCUCAUGUCUGGCCUGCUCUUCUUCUUCAUUAGAUAUUUCAUUCUUAACAAGGAUGACCCUGUUCCUAAUGGUCUCUGCGCUUUGCCCCUCUUCUAUGCCUCAACCAUUGGAAUCAACACCUUCUCCAUCAUGUACACUGGAGCUCCCUUACUGGGCUUGGAGAUGCUCCCUGUUUGGGCCAUUGCCCUCAUUACCUUGGCUGGUGCACUGGUAUGUGCCGGUCUGGUCUGGAUUUUUGUUUGCCCCUGGAUGAGAAGGAAAAUAGCAAGUCAGCUGAAGAAAGAGCAUGCUCUGUCCCGCAUCUCCGAUGAGAGUUUAGAUAAAAUCCCUGAGGAGGAAGAGGAAGCCCCUGUGUUUAAAGAGCUUCCAGGUGCGAAAAACAGUAAUGAUGCGGUGCUGCCCCUGACAGAGGAGUCCACAGGGGAACUCAACAGUCUGGCUAAUGGAGGCACUGUCCUGCCCAAUGGCAGGGUGUACGGUCGCACCAAUUCCAUGACCAAUGGCUGCCUCAAGUCACCUGUGUCUAAUGGGGGCUUCAGCUUUGAUGGGCACAUGCGCAGUAAUGGUCAGGUCUACCACACCGUUCACAAAGACUCAGGUCUCUACAAGGACCUUCUACACAAGAUUCACUUGGGCCGACUGGAGGAUGAGCGUAGCUGCUCGCGUCACGACAACAACUACAAGCACCUCCGUCGCAACAACAGCUACACGUGCUACACUGCAGCCAUCUGCGGCAUGCCAGUCCAGCCCAUGUUGCGAUCGGAGUCCAGCGCCCCUCCGCCAGAGGACAGCGAGAAGCUAGUGGGUGACAGCGUGUUCUAUUCGAAGAAGCGACUGCGCUACGACAGCUACUCCAGCUACUGUAACGCAGUGGCAGAGGCGGAGAUCGAGGCAGAGGAAGGGGAUGUGGAUGUGAACUUGGCGGCAGAUAAAAGGGAGCCCCGGGCCCCUGCAGAGGGCAUGCUGGAGGACUGCCCAGAUGAAGAUAAAGAGGAGAAGGACAAGCCUCAAGUCUUCCAGCUCUUCCAUUUCCUGCAGAUCCUCACCGCAUGUUUCGGAUCGUUCGCACAUGGUGGGAAUGAUGUCAGUAAUGCCAUUGGUCCUUUGGUGGCCCUGUGGAUGAUCUACGAUCAGGGUGGGGUGAUGCAGGAUGCAGCCACACCGAUCUGGCUGCUGUUCUAUGGUGGAGUGGGAAUCUGUGCUGGAUUAUGGGUUUGGGGCCGACGUGUCAUUCAGACGAUGGGCAAAGACCUCACUCCCAUCACGCCCUCCAGUGGAUUCACUAUAGAGCUGGCCUCAGCGCUCACUGUUGUUUUGGCGUCCAAUAUCGGACUUCCAAUCAGUACCACACACUGCAAGGUGGGCUCAGUGGUGGCGGUGGGCUGGAUCCGCUCUAGAAAGGGUGUGGACUGGCGGCUCUUCCGGAACAUCUUCCUGGCCUGGUUCGUCACUGUCCCUGUAGCAGGCCUCUUCAGCGCCGCUGUUAUGGCCCUGUUUGUCUAUGGCAUACUGCCUUAUGUUUGAGAUGAAGAAUGGGGAGGUAUAGGAAGGUAAUAAAUGAAAAAAAAAAAACAGAAAGACAGCAGGAAAAAAAAUCAAGAUAUAAGGGGACAGCCGGAGGGAGGGGAUUGUCUACAAAUGCUGCCUGGAAAAGCAUCCAGAAUCCUUUGACUUAAAUAUCUUUAAUCUUGUCGAAAGUAUUUAUUUCCGUUCCAUUUUCCAUUGUUUUGUUGAAAUGUUACUAUAAACGCUAAGAUCUUUUGCACCCAGUGAUAUGAAGUGGUACAUUUAAGAGUCCUAAAUAUGGUUCACACAUCUGUGGUCCUACAGUUACAGUUUGCACAUGUUCAAGGGAGUAAACGGAUGGAGAACUGGACGGAUGUGUACAUACAAAUACACACAUCAAAUAUAUCAAUGCAUUCUUGCCAAUCUCAAACAGAGAAUGGGAUUUGAGAAUCAGUUUAAAGGCUACAUUUUUAUUGGCUCAAAUUAGUUAUCCAACUACUUUUUGAUCUAAAUGUUUAAACCAUAAUUUGUUUUAAAAUAUGCCAUGUGCGGUGUGUAAUAGUUGUGCUUUUACUCCCAUUUGUAAAAAGAUCAAACUGUAAAGGUCAAAAGGAAAAAAAUUUUUUUUUUUGCAAUGACACUGAAAGGCAUCCUGCUGUUGUGUUACGUGCGUUAGCACUGCAUCACUAAAAUCAGCACAGCUGGUAACAUACCUCAGCCAACCCUCUAUGCUACAUAAGGACAAGCUAAAUAACACAAAACAGAACUUUGCUAUCUCAUGAUACAUAAAAUAUUAUAAGAUCAAUCAUUUGGGUAAUGUGUAAGAAUUCCCUAUUCUUUUACUAUCAUAUUUAUUUUUUAGAUAUGUUACCAUUCAAACCUUUUUAAAACACAACAGGUGUGAAAGUCAAAAUCAUGUUUUGAAUUAUGUAUGCUAUAAUUUCUAUCGUGUGUGUGUGUGUGUGUGUGUGUAUGUAUAUAUAUAUAUAUAUAUAUAUAUAUAUAUGUAUGUAUAUAUAUAUAUAUAUAUAUAUAUAUAUAUAUAUAUAAUUUCAACUUUGAAGUUUAAACCUUUUUUUUUUUCUCAUUUUGAGGUCUUAUAUUGUUACAAUGAGGAGAUUUGUUUUUACAAGGAGAUUUUAGACCAGUUUUGGUAGUUGUAGGAAAUAUAUGAUCUACCAAGCAUAUAAAAAUGAUCAAAGAUUCAAAAAUUAUUUCAACUAUGACGAGACACUAUAUCCAUAAUUAUGUCAAGGUAUACCAUAAAUUGUUAUUGCAAAAAGCUUUUUCCAAAAUAUCUUUUCAUGCUC